UCGGCCCCAGACGAAGAUCGAAGAUACCGCGUACACUCUACGAAUCGAAUCAUCACGAUGUCAACGGAUGAGGAAGUGAUACGAAAAAGGCUGCUUAUUGAAGGAGAGAGUGGAGGUGAUGACAGAAGAAUCAGUAAUCUACUCAAAACCUUUGUGAAAUGGUGUCACACGGAUCAGAGCAAUGAAGAAUGCACUGCUGCAUAUCAGAAGAUGUUGAUGAUGCUAUGUCAGGUAGACUUUGCCAUGGAGAGGACUCAGAUGAUUCAUCAAAUGAAUAUCAGAGAGAUGUCCAACUAUGAAGAGCUCUACUCCACCAUUGAACGCAACAUCAAGGAUGCUCACCAGCAGAUAAGUGCUUGCAAGACAGAGCUACAAGAUGCAAAGAGAGAGAGAAAGAAUAGACAGGAGUAUGAUACAUUAGCAAAGGUUAUCCAGAAACAACCUGACAGGAAAGAAACUUUGAACAAACUAAAAGAGCUGGAUAAGGAUCUUGGUGAAUUAAAUAGCACUAAAGAAUCUCUGGACCAGAAGUUGGAGGAUAGGAAGAAGCAAUUUCACGUUCUCAUCAGUGCUAUCCAUGAGCUACAGAGGAUAUUAGACACUGAUGAUGGAUCCCAGAAACUCAAUACCACAUCAGACUCCAUGCUCAGUGACACCAUGGAUACUUCCUUGACAGAUAAGUGAUGCUACCUCACACCCCCAGAACAUGAUUAAAAACUAUUUAAAUAUCAAGGAUUGUUGUGUAAUUGGAUUUCAUGAAGACACCAGUAUUAGCAGAACUACACAAUCCUUCAUGCAUUCAUUUCCUGCAGUGAAGAGGUUACCUCAUGGAGAUUAUUUCUAUUUAG